UUCAGGAUGUUUUAGUUUUGUUUACACGAAACGUUGAGAUCAUGUCGGACGAAGAAAACAUAGAUGUGGAAUCCGACGAGGAAGCAACAGAAGAGCAACAGCCAACGCAAUUUUUGACACAGGCCGACAAACGUGCACAUCACAAUGCGUUGGAAAGAAAAAGACGUGAUCAUAUAAAGGACAGCUUUUGCCAUCUGAGAGAUUCGGUGCCAUCGCUUCAUGGCGAGAAGGCUUCCAGGGCUCAAAUUCUCAAUAAAGCAACCGAUUAUAUCAAUUUCAUGCGACGGAAAAACCAUUCACAUCAGUCGGAUAUCGAAGACCUCAAACAACAAAAUGUUAUUUUGGAUCAGCAAAUCCAUGACAUGGAGAAGCAACGUAACAGUGGUUUGUUCAACACAGAUGCUGCAACACAAUUGAUUACAACUACAGAUAACUUGCUUAGCACAUCACCACUGCCCAGUGACCCUCUCUUAGACAUCAAAGAAUCUGACACCAGUAGCCUAGACGCAUAUGUAAAUAUUGAUAAUGUUGAUGCUGAGAAAAGCACUGAGGAUUACUCAACACCUCCAAGCAAACGUAUUAAGACAGAAAUUUGAUAAGAUUUCUGUUGCCAAUCACCAUAAUUAUUAUGUACUUAUUGCUAUUGAUUAGCUUAUUUUAUUUGCGAUGACAAAGUGGAUUUUAUGACUUUAGGGUGAUUAUUAUUUAUUAAACAUCUUAAAUUGCAAUUUGUAAAUUAAUUUGUGUAAGCUACAUCAUUAAAAAAAAUAUGUAAAUACAA